AUGGCAAACAAAACUACUAAUCGACAAAAAUCAAUUAAAGAAGAAGACGAGCAUAAUAUAAAGUAUCUUCCAUUUAAUAUUCAAUGGCUUGACUCGAGUUAUCAACAAACACUGUUGCCGGACAGUCCUUGGCAAAAAAUACUCGAUGAUUUGGAACCUGCAUUAGCCAACAAAGUUCGUCAGCAAUUCAAUAAUCCCGAACGACGACAAAUCUUGAUUGAAUUACUCGGUAGACUUUUUCAUAUCAAACUACUUCGAUCAGAAAUGUUCCAUCCGAAUUCAUUACAACCGCCAGUAAUGUCAGACGAGCAUCGCCGUAAACUAGAAAACGAAGCUAAAUCAUGGUUGCAAAUCCAAACGCAUAAAUCGGCACUCGAGAUCGGCGCAGCGGUCACGGAAGAUGAAGAUAUUAAUAAAUUAUCCAAUGAUAUGAAGAACUUUCUCGAACAUACCUAUCAAAUCGUUCGCAAAGCUUUAGAACGUUAUCUGUAUCAAGUGCAAGAGAAAGAAAAUAACAAACAAGAAGAACAGAAAUUGAAUGAAACGAAUCGAAGAAAACAUUUAGAUGAUUUGAAUGGCGGUUCGAAAUUACGAUCGAUUCUGCGAGAUUCGAAAACGAACUCAAAGAAGUUACCAAUGAUUACUGAAUUACCGACAGUACCGUAUCCAAUGACAUCGGAAUAUAGCGAUAUCGUUUCGAAUUCGGUUGUGGCUUUACUCAAACGCGAUCCACGUCGUGUGAUCUUUAUCACGGAAAAAUUGUUCGGUCAACAAAUUCCACUUUCGCUUCGUCAAUUUAUCUGGACUGAAUGUUUACUCCGUGUAGAAAAGAAACCACAUGAUUAUGAUCUAAGUCUUGUUGAACUUCAAGUUCGACGUGAAUUUGCAGCUGGUAUCGCACGUGGUAAAACUGAUCUGAAAUUAACUAAUCCAUCCAAUACUCCCGUUACAAAUCUUAUCGAAAAUGCAGUUAUAGAAACAUACAGCAAAGUUCAUGCGCUCCAGCCAUUUCUUGAAGAGCAUCAUCUGAGGUUCACGAUCAGAAUUCUCAACGUUCUCUAUACAUAUAGAAAAGACUACGAGCCGUAUUUUAUCUAUUGGCUGUUACCAUUCCAGUUGUCGUAUCGUGAUGAAGCAAAUAAAGAGGAGGAAAUCUAUGUGAUUGCUAUGCACUUGGAUUUAUUUGUUCGUCAUUGUUUUCCCGAAUGGACAAAUGUUUUCUCAAUUGCUAGCAAAAUCAUGACAGAUUUAUCAACAAAUGAUCCCGAAUUCUAUGAUCACUUGAAGACGAUAUCGAAAGUUCGAACAAAGAUUAAUCCGAAAGUAAACGAAUCGAGUCGAUCGAUCACAUCACGACAUGUUUGCUUUUUCCUAUUCAAACAGGAUUUCGUGGCAGAAAUUAUUUCAUUGGAAAGCAAACAAAGUGGAAGUGCAUCGCAAUAUUCCCGAGAUCUCAUGGCUGAUCCAGUCAUCUUCCUUCGAAAAUGGAUCGGAGAAUUAUUUUUUGGUAUUCUUAAUUCAAAUUCAGCUCUGUAUCUAUGGGAUCAGUUCUUUAUGAUCAAAUGGAAUACGCAAUAUAUCGAACAUGCGGCAAAAGCUAUUCUCUAUUUGCUCCGUGAUCGUUUUAUGUAUGCUACUGACUACGAUGAGAUGCGCAAAGUUUUUCUCGACGAACCUUGUCUUUUGCAUACAUUGGAUGUUCAAGCUGCAUUUGUUCAUUUGGCUUUGAAGAAUGAAGAUCCGAAAUAUAUACCUGCAAUGAACCAACGUUUAUAUCCAACGAAACAAACCCUACCGCAGAACAGUAAUUAUCAGCAAAUUGUCAAUCGAAAAAAAGCUUAUCUAGAAACAAUUGGUGUGAAAGAUAUAUCGUUGACAUUAGCUUUACCUGUGAAUUCGUCGGCUAGUGGCGGAUUACAAAAUGAUUUCGAUAUCAAAUCAAUCACUGUAGAAAUUCAAGUUUAUGGGACAGGAGAAAAAAUAUGUGAUGUGACAACCGGAUCAGUACCACAUCUUCGAGACAGAGAAGCAGCUGUACAAAACUGGCAACGAUUUAUCAUCGAUAUUCCUCAUGAGAAAUUGAUUCUAGCCAUGAGAGAAACUCGCCAGUCAUUCAUGCCCACACGUAUUCAAGCACUGGUUAUCGUUCGACAACGUUCGAAUGAUACACUCGGCCAUUGUCGUUUUCCAUUAUACAUACCUCAGAAAAUUGGUAAUUUGGACACAUGGGAUGUUACAUAUGGACCUGUCAUACGUACUCUUCAUCCCGGCAUGCCUCCCGUUUCGAUCGACAUGAUUCCUGAUAUACCAAAAGUAUUCGCAACGGAUAAAAUCGGUCCCGGAUCAACGGUUUCUUUAACUAUUUUUGAUCCUAAAGCUGAACAGCACUUUAGCCAAAAAUGA